UGCAAUGCGGGAGGCUGCGACGGUACCGGGGUGGUGGAGGAACGACCCAGAGGCGGGAGGAGCAGUGGCUGAGGCGCGUCUGCGCUGGUGACCUGAAUGAGGUAGACCAUGACUCUGCCUUUGGUGGCGUCACUAGCUGGGCCGCUCUUCCUGGGAUUUCUCUAAGCCAUCUCCUGGUGGAACCGCUCCCAGAUUUUGUCCACAAGUGGUUGUGGACAGGAUGGCUGAUAUUAACCUCAAAGAAAUAGCCUUAAUAGUAGGUGUGGUUACCGCCUGCUAUUGGAACAGCCUCUUUUGUGGUUUUGUUUUUGAUGAUGUUUCAGCAAUACUGGAUAACAAAGACCUGCAUCCAUCUACACCUUUAAAAACUUUAUUUCAGAAUGACUUCUGGGGAACACCUAUGUCUGAGGAGAGAAGCCACAAGUCUUACCGUCCCUUAACAGUAUUGACAUUUCGUUUAAAUUAUCUGUUUAGUGAACUGAAACCAAUGUCAUAUCAUCUCCUAAAUAUGAUUUUUCAUGCUGUGGUUGGUGUGAUAUUUCUUAAAGUCUGCAAACUUUUUCUGGACAACAGGAGUAGUAUGAUUGCUUCUUUACUUUUUGCAGUGCACCCAAUACACACAGAAGCAGUAACAGGUGUUGUAGGAAGAGCAGAACUUUUGUCCUCUAUCUUUUUUCUAGCUGCAUUUUUGUCAUAUACCAAAUCAAAAGGACCAAAUAAUUCCAUAGUAUGGACUCCAAUUGCCUUGACAGUGGUUUUAGUUGCUAUUGCAACGUUGUGUAAAGAACAAGGAAUAACAGUUGUGGGAAUUUGCUGUGUGUAUGAAGUAUUUAUUGCACAAGGGUAUACUUUGCCAUUAUUAUGGACUACUGUUGGACAGUUUUUCCGUGGAAAGAGUAGUAUUCCAUUUUCUAUGCUGCAGACACUAAUAAAACUCAUUGUUUUGAUGUUCAGUACACUAUUACUUGUUGUGAUUAGAGUCCAGGUUAUUCAGUCCCAACUUCCAGUAUUCACCAGGUUUGAUAACCCAGCUGCUGUAAGCCCAACUCCUACAAGGCAGCUAACUUUUAACUAUCUCCUUCCUUUGAACGCUUGGCUUCUAUUAAAUCCUUCAGAACUCUGCUGUGAUUGGACCAUGGGAACAAUACCACUUAUAGAGUCAUUUCUAGAUAUUCGAAAUCUUGCCACAUUUACUUUCUUUUGCUUUUUGGGGGCGUUGGGAGUAUUCAGUCUCAGGUACCCCGGUGAUUCCUCCAAGACUGUUUUAAUGGCACUUUGUUUGAUGGCAUUACCAUUUAUUCCUGCAUCGAACCUUUUUUUCCCAGUUGGAUUUGUUGUUGCUGAGCGAGUAUUGUAUGUUCCUAGCAUGGGGUUCUGUAUUUUGGUAGCCCAUGGAUGGCAGAAAAUAUCAAACAAAAGUGUAUUAAAAAAGUUAUCCUGGGUUUGUCUGUCUAUGGUGAUAUUCACUCAUGCCUUAAAAACACUCCACAGAAAUUGGGAUUGGGAGUCUGAAUAUACAUUGUUUAUGUCAGCGUUGAAGGUAAAUAAAAAUAAUGCCAAAUUAUGGAAUAAUGUGGGUCAUGCUCUGGAAAAUGAAAAGAACUUUGAGAGAGCUUUGAAAUACUUCUUACAGGCUACCCAUGUUCAGCCAGAUGAUAUUGGUGCCCACAUGAAUGUAGGAAGAACUUACAAAAAUUUAAAUAGAACCAAAGAAGCUGAAGAAUCUUACAUGAUGGCUAAGUCACUGAUGCCCCAAAUUAUUCCUGGUAAAAAAUAUGCAGCCAGAAUUGCCCCUAACCACCUAAAUGUUUAUAUUAAUCUGGCCAAUCUUAUUCGAGCAAAUGAGUCCCGCCUGGAAGAAGCAGAUCAGCUGUACCGACAAGCAAUAAGCAUGAGACCUGACUUCAAGCAGGCUUAUAUUAGCAGAGGAGAAUUGCUUUUAAAAAUGAAUAAACCUCUCAAAGCAAAAGAAGCAUAUCUUAAAGCACUAGAGCUGGACAGAAAUAAUGCAGAUCUUUGGUACAACUUGGCAAUUGUUCAUAUUGAACUUAAAGAACCAAAUGAAGCCCUAAAAAAUUUUAAUCAUGCUUUAGAACUAAAUCCAAAGCAUAAACUAGCAUUAUUCAAUUCUGCUAUAUUAAUGCAAGAAUCAGGUGAGGUUAAACUCAGACCAGAAGCUAGAAAACGACUUCUAAGCUAUAUAAAUGAAGAGCCACAAGAUGCUAAUGGUUAUUUCAAUCUGGGAAUGCUUGCCAUGGAUGACAAAAAGGACAGUGAAGCAGAGAUGUGGAUGAAGAAAGCCAUAAAAUUACAAGCCGAUUUCAGAAGUGCUUUGUUUAAUCUGGCUCUCCUGUAUUCUCAGACAGCAAAGGAAUUAAUGGCUUUGCCAAUUUUGGAAGAGUUACUCAGACACUAUCCUGAUCAUAUCAAGGGUCUUAUUUUAAAGGGAGACAUUCUGAUGAAUCAAAAGAAAGAUAUACUUGGAGCAAAAAAAUGUUUUGAAAAGAUUUUGGAGAUGGAUCCAAGUAAUGUGCAAGGAAAACACAAUCUUUGUGUUGUUUAUUUUGAAGAGAAGGACUUACUAAAAGCUGAAAGAUGCCUGGUUGAAACAUUGGCAUUAGCACCACAUGAAGAAUAUAUUCAACGCCAUUUGAAUAUAGUCAGGGAUAAAAUUUCCUCAUCUGGUUUUGCAGAACAGCCAGUAUCCCCAGCUGGUAAGACUUCAGGUGUAGAAGGAGACAAAAUUCCAACUGAAAAUGUGAAAGAAGUAAGAAGUGAACCUAGACCUACACAGAUCAUAAAACCAAGUGAUAAUAAAAGUCAGUCUAAAUCCAACAAACUAUUAGGAAAAAAUACAGACAAAGAGACCCCCCACAAAACAACAAAGGAAAUCAAAGAAAUUGAGAAGAAGAGAGUUGCUGCUUUAAAAAGACUAGAAGAGAUUGAACGUAUUUUAAAUGGUGAAUAGCAUUAUUUAUCAUGUCACAAUGUCCUCAAAGAAGUUCAGUCUAUCUUAUGUGAUUGCUUAUUCUGGGAGCUUUGAAAAAUAGCAAGUAUACACGUAACAGUCUAUCAUGAGCUGCCUCUACAUAGGAUCAAAAUGCGAUUUUCAUUAAAGACCUAUCUUACCCCAGGGUAUGUAUUGUAUAAGAUAUGGCAGUUUUCUGAGUUUUGGUGACUAUGGCAGAAAUAUUAAAUUACAGUUUGCAAAUUUAUAUCUUUUAUACGGAAGGAAGAUUUCUUCUGCAGAGUAGUCUUGACUACUCUCAAUUAAAAAUAAUCUGAAGCCUGAAUGAUAGUCCCAUGUGGGCAAAUUCAACAUAUGCUGGUUUAUUCUAUGAAUUUGCAUAUUAGUUGACUUCAUUACCUUCUGUUGGAAUCGAUUAUGGAUUGAAAACACUUAUGAACACAUUCUUUUUUCUUUGGUAAUUUCUGUUUAACCGAGGGACUUUGCACCACAAAAGAAUACUGGCUUCCUUUAUGUUGUAUUCUUUUGUUGAUUUUUAGAAGGAAAGCCAGAUGAAACUUUUUAAAAUAAGUCCUAUGACAUGUUAGCUUAAGAAUGUAUUUUCAUAAUUGUGUGCUUUGUCCUUAACUUUACUCUGAAAUGCAGUUUUUAAUCAGGUAAAGUUUUAAGUAUAAAUAUACAUAUACACACACGCACAUUUCUAAUGGUGCUCAUAUAUACUGUAUUUGUAUUUUUUUACAUACUGAGAGUUUCACAGCAUGAACCACAUAAUCAUGACUAUCUUUGAAUUUUUACUCCCCAAACUAUUCAUGUUUAUUAGGAUCUUAGUUAUACUGAAAAAGUCCCAGUAACUAUAACUUUAAACCUUUGAGUUAAAACAUAGUUUCUCUUUCAUCUUAGCGUUAUUUCGCUACUGUUAUUUGAAUUUUAGUUGUUCCAGAAACACACCUUAAUCAUUCUUAGAUACCUUAAGCAACUAAAUUGAGUUCUGUUUAACUGAAGGCAAAACAAUAUGACAAAGUUUAUUUUUAAACACUAAGUUCUUGUUAUCUUCCUAUGGUGUAUAUUUUUAUUAAAUAUUUAUUUUGACUACUGAGCUUUCAUAAAAAUUUUAAAGCUGUUUAAAUUCCAUCAACUAUGGAAAACAAAUUGCUGUUGCAUUUUCCUAUAUAUGCACAUAUUACAAUUUAACCAAAAUUUCAUCGUUUUGGCCUGCUCUCCAGCUAUAAAAGGUAAUUAGCGUUGUAUAGGAUUAAUAGUUAGUUGGUUUUAGCAAAUUUAAACCUGAAAACUAAGUUGAAGGGUAGACAUAAACUUAUUAAUUUAUCUCUGAUUUGUUUUUUUGAGUUAAAAUACACUUCAGAUGAGUUUUAUAAUACCUGAUAAGUUGGUUUUAAUUUAAAAUGUUAAAGCUAAAGCUAUCAUCCUGGGAUAGUAACUAAUUUCUAAUUAUAUAGAAUUUCAAAAACUGUAUUUCUGUUCCUUUGAGAUAACUAAUUUCUAAUUAUGUAUAUUUGAAAAAUCAUAUUACUAUAAGUUUUUAUAGAGAAAUACUUUAUAAAUAGGUCACAAGGAAACAUGGUCUACAUUAAAGACCCACUCGUACUAGGUUCCCUGAGGUUGUGCCAUAAAUUAUUUUUUAGGCAAUUUAAAUCAAGCACUGACACCAAUCAUAGGUCAUUUUUGAUUUAGAGAUUCUGUUCAGCAUUAAAGCAAUAUCCAGUUUCAGUUUUUAAAUUAUGGCUUUGUGACUCCAGAUAUAAGAUGGAGAAUACCUCAUAUACUGUGACUUGAAAAAUGAAAUCUAUGUUAAUCUUAUGUUCUGUCCACAUAUCUUGAGAAAAAGUUUCUGAGUUUGAUCUCUUCUGUUAUAGUAUCAAGUGAAGGUAAGUCAGAAAAGAAGGGAAUCUUUCGUGACAGCAGAUCAUAAUAAGCUUUGAGUAGCAUUUGAAUAAAAUUAUGUAGCUAUUCAAAAGAUAAAAAAUAUAUUAUCCAAUGAUUUUUAUAGAAAAAAGAAUUCCUUAUU